AUGAAUCGCACGCUGGUCGAGUGUGCGCGUUGCAUGAUGGAACACGCUGGACUGGGAAAGAGCUACUGGGGUGAAGCAGUGAUGACGGCGAUGUUUCUUCGAAACCGCUGUCCAACACGUGCCAUUCACCAAGACAAGUCUCCAUAUCAAGUGUGGACGAUGAAGAAACCGAUUCUGGCCAACCUUAAAGUGUUUGGAUGCCACGCGUAUGUUCAAGUGCCUCAAGACAAACGCGCGAAGUUCGACUCCAAGUCAUCACUCUGUCGUUUCCUGGGAUACGCCGAACACCAGAAGUCAUAUCGAUUUGAGGAAGUGUCAACAGGAGCGAUCAAGAUCAGUCGCGAUGCCACAUUCAUGGAAGACAAGUUUGAUGAAGGUCCGCGCAACUACAACGAUGAGUCAAGUGUCGUUGAGUUUGAUGAUCAAGACGAGGACGAAGAAAAAGAAGAAGGUAAAACUGACGACGACAUGGACUCGAGCGACGAUGACAACGAAGACACCAGGUCUUCGAAGAGCAACAUCAAGAGACACACGCGCACUCAAUCACUUGAGAAAGCUACCGUCAUUCCAAGUCCCAAGCGAAGAACAUACAGAGGUCCGUCGCUUGAGCAUGUGUCAGCGGCUGCAAUGGAUUUUGAAGCAGCCUACAUCGUUGAUUCAGUGGGGGAAACGCCGACUACAUUCAAGUCGGCGAUGGAAUCAAGCGACUCCGGCAAGUGGAAAGAAGCGUGUGACUCGGAGUUCGAUUCGCUUCAGAGAAACGACACGUGGGAAAUCGUGCCUCUUCCGAAAGGUCGCAAGGCCAUCGGGUGCCGAUGGGUUUUUCGUGUAAAGGAGAAUCAAGAUGGCGAAGUUGAACGUUUCAAGGCAAGACUUGUGGCCAAAGGAUUCUCACAGAAAUUCGGAGUUGACUAUGAAGAAACUUUCGCACCGGUGGCCAAGUUCACAUCGAUUCGUGUGGUGCUCAGUAUGGCGGCCAAGUACGGCCUAAUGCUACAUCAGAUGGACGUCAAGACAGCGUUUCUUAACGGCUCCCUCAACGAAGACAUCUACAUGGACCAGCCGGACGGAUACCUGGAUGCAACACAGCCGGACUAUGUGUGCAAGCUAAAAAGAUCACUCUACGGCUUGAAGCAAUCGCCUCGCAUGUGGAACCAAACAAUCGAUGGGUUCAUGAUCAAGAUGGGAUUCAAGAAGUGCGAAUCGGACCACUGCAUCUACAUCAAGCGAGACGACCAAGACAUGAUUCUCGUGGUGAUCUACGUCGAUGAUCUCAUCCUGGCCAGCAGCAACAACGAACUCCUCAAGUCAACCAAGAUGGCGCUGAGCAAACGCUUCGAAAUGACGGAUCUCGGUGAGCCUCGAUUACUUUCUCGGCAUGGAGAUCAAGAACGACCGUAA